AUGAAGCUCUCGAUGUGCGUUCUCAUCAUGACGUCAUUCGAUUUGUUUCUCGUCUCCCGGGCUCAUGGUACGGUCUUUUUCGUUUCGAGACCCACAGUUCUGAAGAAAGUUAAUCAUCGAUUUUUCGCUUAUAUUUCUCACUACUUCUGGAAUUUUUGUUUCGUUUUUCUACCUGACUUUUGAAUUUUUCCCUUAGAAUACCUUUUUCGAAUUAUUUUCCCUUCAAUGUCCAGAUUUCACGGACGUGUUUCAAACUGAACGGAAACGUGAGCUUGAGAUUAAGAUUAAGCCCAAAAAUACCAAAGCGCGUAACUUGCAAAAGGUCGGUUGCACAGUUCCUUGGAGCGCACUUUCCCAGGUCAAAAGUUUUUUUUCGAUUUUUUUUUUCAUCGCGUUUUUUUUUCCCGCAAGUUUUCUAAUAGUCUUCGUUCAAAGAAGCCAAAGAAAAAUCUAACGACUCGGACAUUGGUAACGCGAAACGGACGUGCUCCGGACGUUUCUAGGCGAUUCAAGGGAUCACUUAAGAGCGUUAAGGCUACUAAAGUGGUCACUAGAAAUGCCCCGACACGUCCGAUUCGCGUCCCGUUCGCGUUACCAAGGUCCGAGAAGGCAUAAGUCGCGAAAAAGUCGGUUUCAAAGUUCCUUGGAGCGCACUUUCAUAAAUCAAAACCUUUUUUUCGAUUUUUCUUCCUCGAAUCAUCCUUUUUCGCUAGUUUUUAAUGGUCUCAACGUGGUCUAAAAAAUCGGAAAAAAGCGAAAGUCGCAAAAAGUCGGUUGCAAAGUUCAUUGGAGUGCACUUUCACAAGUCAAGAUGUUUUUUGAUUUAUUUUUUUCCUCGCUUCGUUUUUUCCGCAAGUUUAAAUUCAUUGGAGCGCACUUACACAAGUCAAAACUUUUUUUCUAUUUAUCUUCAUCGAAUCAUUUUUUUGCUAGUAUCUAAUAAUCUUCAUUUAACAAGGUCCAAGAAAAAUCGGAAAAAAGCGAAAGUCGUAAAAAGUCGGUUUCAGAAUUCAUUGGAGCGCACUUUCCCAGGUCACAACUUUUUUUCCGAUUUUUCUUCAGUCAAGCCAUUUUUUUUUCACAAGUUUCUUAUAGACAUUGGGCAGUUUGCCAGUCCAUAAAAAGAAAAAAAAACCUAAAACCGCAAAAAGUCGGUUGCACUUUUCCAUAGCUCUAAAAUCUUAAUUUGUGUCUUUUCUCACACUUCCACCGAACAAACCCCAGAGAACAGGAACGUUUAACAACAUUACAUUGCAUAUAAUUUGAGAGUACUCACGAAAAAAAAAACAAAUUCUUUGACGCCUUCUUUUUCUUCCUCGCUAAUUGGAUUGCGCGUUUGAAACACGUGGUUUUUGUACGUCUAAACACGCCGAUUCCAUUCGUUUUAAAGGUUACCGAGUAAAAUUGCCGCAAAGGGUUUGAUUGAGGAGUUUCGAGACUUUCGAAAGUUGUCUAUUCUUGGCAAGAGUGGUCCCUAUAGGGGCUAGGGGAAAAAACAGCGCCUGUAGAGAUGAUAAAGAAGUGCUCCCUAAAGGGGUUAAAAUGGUCCUUUGAAGAGUUUUGGGUCCAACCGCUGAACUCAUAAAGCUUGAUUCGUCCCUAUAGGGAUCUUAUAUCUUUGUUCUCAUUUAAAAGUUGAACAGAUCCAAGGGAGGGCGAGAGUGGUCCCUAUAGGGGUUAGGGGAAAAACUGAGGUAAUAGUUGACAAAAAGUGUUCCCUAAAGGGGUAAAAUUUAAGUUACCCUUAUAGGGAUUUAGAGUCUAACCCCUGAACCCCGAAAGCUUAAGUGAUCCCUAGAGGGUUCUUAAAAGUUGAUGAGACGCAUUGAAACGACUUAUAGGGACCACACGCAUUUUCCCCUAGAGUAGCCACUUUUGCGAGCCCCUAGGUUGAGGUAAAGUGGUCGCUACAGAGCCCUAAAGUCACCCCUAUAGUGACCGCUCUGGCGCCCAUAAGUCAUUCAAAUAAGCUUCCCUAUAGAGAAAGUAAAGUGGCCCCUAGAGGGCAAUCUUCAAGAAUCCGUUUGCCCCUAUAGUGACCACUCUGGCGUUUCUAAGUUGCUUGAAUGACUUUUUUUUUUCAGAAAGGAAUGGAGGAGGUGGAUUCGAUCGGCUACGAGAGCGAAUACACAGGCGUCGCCAUCGACUACACAAGGUUUAUUUUUUUGAAAAAUUAUCAUUUUAUAAAUAAAUCAGUUAACUGUUUUAUACUUGAUGUUUAAAUAAUAACUAAAAAGUAAUAGAAGUUCAACCGUAAUAACAUUUUUCCGAAAAAGUGUCGAAAAAAUCAAUUUCUGUGGUUAAAUCGAAUAAUUACAGAAACAAGAUUCUCAUAAAAUCAUUUCAUUAUCACUGAAAAGGCCACUUCAUUUUACCAAGUGACCACUUAAGGUUUCCUCGAAAACUUUACCUCAGAAAAAUUUUUAGAGCUCUUUUCUUCCUUUCAAAUGAUUCGAUCCACAAACGGUCUCUCAAGGGAUCACUUUAGGGUCUUAUCAAGAGAUAACUUCAAAAGGUCCAAUCACUCAAGUAAUCACUUACGCAGAAAAAAAAUUUCGAAGCUUUGAAUUUGAUUUUUUUUUUUCGAAGUGUUCACUUAAGGCUUCUUCAAAAUUUGUCAUCUGAUGUUCAAAAAAAAUUUCUAAAACCCUUGUUUUCCUGUCAAUUGAUUCAAUCCAGGAAGAGGUCUCUCAAGUGAUCACUAUAGGGUUUUAUCAAAUUAGAAAUUCAAUUUGAAAUCGCUCAAGUAAUCACUUACGCAGAAGAAAAAAUCUUUGAAGCUUCGAAUUUGAUUUUUUGCCAAGUGAUCACUUAAGGUUCUUGGAAAAUUUCUUUGUCAAUUAAUUCUCAGAAAAAUAUCUAAAACCCUUGUCUUCUUGUCAAGAAAAGAGAUCUCCUAAAUAGUGUCUCAAGUGAUCACUUUAGGGUCUCAUCUAGAGAGCCUUUCAAACUCAAAUCCUUCAAGUAAUCCCUUACGUACGAAACAAUUCUUUGAUGCUUUGAAUUUGAUUUUUUUUCUAAGUGAUCACUUAAGGCUUCUUCAAGUUUUUUUUCUCGUUAUCUGAUCUUCGGAAAAAUUCUGAAACCCUUAUCUUCCUGUCAAGAAAAAAGAUUUCCUAAAUAGUCUCCCAAGUGAUCACUUUAGGGUCUUAUCUAGAAAGCCUUUCAAGCUCAAACCCCUCAAGUAAUCACUUACGCAGAAGAAAAAAACUUCGAAGUUUGAAAUUGAUUUUUUUCGAAGUGCCCACUUCAGGUUUCUUCAAGUUUUUUUUUCUUGUCCUUUGAUCCUCAGAAAAAUUUCUAGCACUCUUGUCUUCCUGUCAAGAAAAGAGAUCUUCUAAAUAGUCUUCCAAGUGAUCACUUUAGGGUCUUAUCAAAAAAUCAUUUCAAGCUCAAAUCCCUCAAGUAAUCACUUAUGUAGGAAACAAUUCUCUGAAGCUUUGAAUUCGAAUUUUUUCAAAAACUUUUUUGAAAAAAUCGACAUCAUUUUGAAAUACAACAACUUAAAAAAAAAACUAGUUUCUUCCGUCUCAGUGAUUGGAAAAGGAGUCUGUGUUCCAUCAUCGAAUCAAAUCAAAUCGGUAUCACUUUCACGCCGAAAAGCUUCGAUUAGGGUCAAGUGAUAAAGGAGAAAUGUGAUAAUAUCAGGGGGCAAGAAGUUUCAAAGUGGAAAAAGUCGAAAAUAUAAUAAAUUUUCAGGCAGCGGUACUGUCAGAACUUGAUGAGACGUUCGAAAUGAUGACUCAGCCGCGCUACCGGCCCGAAAAGUCCAUUCCAAAUAAGGUGAUUUUAACUUUUUUGGGGUGAAUUUGAUAAAUUGGAUCUUAGUAACGCAAACCGGACAAGUCCCAAGCCUUACCGAGCAUUUUUAGGGGUCGUCGUAAUCACCCUUAAGUGAUCCCUAGAGCAACAUAAUUAAUAAAAUUUCGUACAUCUUCGGUCAUGCAAACCGGACCUUUCUGAGCAAUUUAGUGACCAUUUUAGGGCUUCAGCACCCUUAAGUGAUCCCUAGAAAGUCUCAAAAAGCUUCGAAAUUUAGUUUAUUUGGAAAUUUUUUUUGAAAAAUCCGAAGCACCCCGGACGUGUCCGAGCAUUUCUAGGGGCCACUUCAACGUCGUCACAACCCUUAAGUGAUCCCUAGAAGGUCUCAAAAACUUUCGCGCUAUCCAGGACAUUGGUAACGCGAACGGGAAAUGCUCCAGACAUUUCUGGGCUUUUCUAGUGGCCACUUUAGUAGCGUUAGGACUCUCAAGUGGCCCCUAGAAUAUCUCAGAAACGUCCGGGGCCCUUUCGGUUUGCAUUACUGAGGUCCGAGUGAUUCAAAGUUGAAUUUAUGCAUUAUCCAUAGAGCAAAAAAGCCUUCUCGGCAAUAUUCUUUGAUUCUUUGCCAAAAGGGAGAGAAGACCCCGAAAUUUGGUCGGAAUGUUAAUGCGCCGACUUCUGGUUUUUUUCCUUUGUCGGGGGGUUUUCUUUUUGAUUUUUGACACAUAAAAAUGAAAUCAAUUCUUCUUUGAAAUAUAUGUCGAACAGAAACGUGUUUUGAGCAUUAAACGGGGCGUCUAGAACCAUCUGGCCGUGUGGCACAUUCAGAACAUCCAACCCUUUAUUUCUUGCUCAGGAGGGGAAAAAACGCGAAAAUGUUAUCGUUGAGGAGAAAAAAAUCGGUCACACCUGAAGAUUUACUGCGCACAAGGUUUUUUUUUUGAGAAGAGAAAAAGGAGCAAAGAAUGGUUUCAAUUCAAGAUGGGACUUUUGGAAUGGGACUGGGUUUAUAAGAUGAUAUUUUUGGAAUAAAGUUUUCAAUAUUUUAUAUUCUUCCCUAGACCAAUUUCGCUUCUUAUUCACUUCGACAACUAUUCUCCAGAGUCUUUAUUCGGAUCAGAAUUUUGCAUUUUAUCAAAAAUCUAGCCAAGUUCCCAGGAAUCAAGUUAGAGCCUUUCAAAAUUGAGAUUCUGUGGAUUUUUGUGUAGAAAACGUAAUCAAAAUAAUCAGUUGAAAUGAAAAUUAUGAUUUUCUUCACCGUUACCUUUUCUAAUUUUUUUCAGUUUGUAAAAAAACGAAUUUUUCACAUAACGCAGAGCCAGAUUCAAAAAUGUAGGUUUUGCUUUUCCUAGGGUCGAAGGAGUUCAGUUAUCCCAAAAAUAGAACGUCUUUUGGCCUCCAGUCAAACUUGAAAGUUCGAUGAAGUAUAAUUUAGGCCCUCCUGAUUUCAAAACAAGGAAAAUAUAUAUCGCAAUAGAUCUUGUUUUUCGCGUUAGGACCCUUCAAAAGUUUGAAAUAUCGCUUAAGUUGCGAAUUUUGCAUACUUUGAAGCUUCAUAAUUCGGAAACGAGAUCUAUUGCGAGAAACUGUUUUCUUGUUCUGGUAUUAGUAAUGCUUUUUAGAAAAGUUCAACGGGGGGAGGGGGGCGAAAAAAGUUCCCUUGUAAAGUUGGUCUACCAAAUGAAUCCUUGAUCCUUAAUGAGGUUUAGAAAGUUACUACAGUCUGCGUGCCACGACUUGAAAUUUCACGGAACGACAUUCCGCUGUUCCGCUGCGUGCGUUCGCGAAGCGUCUUUCGAAUCUAGGUCGCGUUUUCAAUUGAUUGUUAUUGCUGUGGGAGGACAUGAAAGUAGAGUAACUUAAUAAAAUAAAAAAAAUUAAAAGCUCGACAAAGAUUCGCAAAGGCACGCAGCGGCACUGCGGAAUGUCGUUCGGUGAAAUUCCAGGUCGUGGUACACAGGUUAUACAAUUUUUUGAUAGUUUUUUGGUUCACACUGGUUUAUCAAAUAAUCAUUAUUAAAAAGGAGAUUUUAAGAUUUUUACAUGAAACAACAUUUUUUUUUUCUUUAAAGAUCUUUAAACUUGUCAAUACUUGUUUUCUUCACUGUGACCAAAAUUUUCUCCCAUUUCUUUUUUUGAAAGUCUCAGAAGUUCAAGAAAGUCGCUUACGCGUCGUUUCCUCCAUGGGGUUUCCUUCGGAGGAAUCGGCGACUGAUAUGUCUCCAAGUUGUUGCAACCUGUUUCUCUUCUCCUUCUUCUUCUUUUUCGGUCGCUUGCUUCUCUGCAAAAUUAUCACACUUGCCUGAAUUCAUAAUUCUGAGGGGAGAAAUCGAGAAAAUAUUUUGAAAAUCUGAUAUUCAGAGAAAAAGCAUAUAGAAACUCUACAUGUGUCCUUCAGAAAAGGUCAUUUUAUUUAUUAUUUGCGGCUGAAAAUCAGCCAGAUACUCCCUGAUGUACCAAAAAAAGCCUCCUGAAGAUCUAUACCUAUACAACUUCCAAGAUUUUGAGAAAUGAGCCCUCAAGUCAAAGAAAACCCUAAAAAUCCGUAAAAAUAGGCACUUCUGAAGCUUUGAACCCAUAUUUUUCAAAAACUAGGAAGUUAGGCAGGUUGAAAAUUUCAGAAUCUUUUUCUGUUAUUUAAAGGAAUAUUCUGGCCAAUUUUCAAGAAAUUCUUACAUGAAAAGUCAAAUGACCUUCCUUGUGAAGAGCGUAUAUCAAUGAAUAAUUGAAAAAUCCAUUAAAACCGAUUUUUUCGCCCCCUACUAGUUUUAAAAAAAAUUAUCUUCGUUUUUAAGCCUUUUAGAGGCCAUAGAAACUUUAAAAAAUAAUUAUUCAACCCUGAAAAAAACAUUUUAAAGUGAGAAGGGUAUGAAAACGUGCUACACGGAAUUUGAAAAAAAUCCCUUCAAUGGUGAAAUUUUUCAGAGCGGACGAAGGGAUCGAAACGAGGAUUUGUGUCAGUCGGAAAGGAAUACCGUCGAGCUGAAUACUCACAGGUAUUUCUAAAAAAAAAGGAAAAAAAAGGUUUCCUUCAUAUAAAUCGGUCGGAUCGACGCACAGAAAAUGGCUCAAAGUUACUAAGAAUCUGCGCCCGACCUAGAACGACUUGCGCCUUACUCAAAUUGCAAGCCUUCAAACUUUUUGACUGAACCGCAGGGUUAAUGAAAAUCUGCGCCCGACCCAAAACUACUUGCGCCUUUCAGUAACCUUUACAUCAGGGACACUCAAAUUGCAAGCUUCGGCCUCACUGACUGAACCGCAACGCGACCGCAUCGCUUUGAGCCAUUCUAAAUGCCACAAUAAUGUUUCAAGGGCGGCUAAUAGAGUAUUGAAAACGUUGGAGCGUUUAUUCUGAAGCCCAAAAUGAGUUUUUCAAAAUAAAACAAAUGCCCAAAUUUAAAAGUUGAGGUUUUGUUUUAGAGAUUCCUAAGCGAUUUUUUCCGAUUGUCGGGGUAUGAUUUCAACGUACAAAAAUGGCUCAAAGUUACUAAGAAUCAGCGCCCGACCCCGAACUACUUGCGCCAUUCAGUAUUCGUGAGAUGAGGAAUACUCGAAUUGCAAGAUUUGAACUUCUGAACUGAACUGCAGCGCGACCGCAGCGCGUCUGCAACGCGUCGAGCUCUUCUAAAUGCGACAAUAGCGUUUCAAGGGUGGUUUAUAAAAUGUUGAAAACGUCGAAGCGUUUAUUCUAGUGCCCAAAAUGAGUGAAUUCUAUUUCUUUCAAAAUAAAACAUAAUUUCCAAAUUUGAAAGUUGAGGAGUUUGUUUUAAAGAUUCCUAGGCGACUUUUCCCGGUUUUCGGGGUAUGAUUUCUACGUAGAAAAUGACUUAGAGUUCCUAAAAAUCAGCGCCCGACCCCGAACUACUGGUGCCUUUCAGUAUUCUUGAGAUGAGGAAUACUCGAAUUGCAAGCUUUGAACUUUUCAACUGAACCGCAGCGCGACCGCAACGCGUUGAGCCAUUCUAAAUGCGGCCAACUUUCAGGCCAACCGCAAAGUAAAAUGACCUUCUUGUAAGCGACUUUUUUCGAUUUCCGAGGUUCCAUUCCUAGUUUUUUUUUUCCAAAGUACAUUUUCUGUUGUGUAAUUCAAAUCCACCAGAUGCACAGAAAAAGAAAGGAGCCCGAAUUUCUGUGUUGGUAGGCGGUUCCGUGGGGGGCGACAUAAUUAAUUCCCGACCGGCAAUAAAUCAACGAUUUCGACGUUGCGGUGGCCUGGUCGUUUGUCGAUUCGUUUACAUGGGGUGGUCUUGUUUCGUUUUGGGAUGAAAGUGUUGGGGAAAGAGGUUGGAUUUGGAAUGAAAAUUUAAGGGGGUAAAAAAAUCAAAAUUGAGGGGGAGGUGAAAAUUAAGAGGUGGAAGGGGGGAAAGGUAAAAAAAUCAAAAAUAAAGAGGGGGAGAGGGUUGAAUAUUAAAAAUUAAAAAGGAGGGGGUUUAAAUCAAAAUUAAGAGGGAUAGGCAGUAAUUUUGGAGCCUCCUCGGAGGGUUGGAAAAAAAUUAUUAGAUCCAAAAAAAGGCUCGAAAAAUCGAAAAAUCAAAAAUUAUGAACAUUUUUUUCUCAUUUUUAAGCCUAAAUCAUCAAAAAAAAGUUUUUUUAAUGAUUUUCUCAAUGUAACUUUACAUUUCCUUUUUCAAAAAAACUUUCGUUUUAUUUCAAUUUUUCCGUACGAUAGAAUUUGAUAUGAAAAUCGAUCCAAAAAUGAAAAUUUUGAAAAUAUUUCAGCCGUUGAGCGGGAAUGAAAUUUCUAAAUUCGAACUGAUAAUAAAUCUAUCGAGAAACGCAGAGUAAACAUGCAAAUUUUUCACAUGAUCAAAGAUAUAUGGUCGCAUUUGGAAUGGCUCGAUGCGUUGCGGUCGAGCUGCGGUUUGAUUCAGAAUCUCAAAUUUUGCAGGUCAAGCACAAGUUCUGAACACAGCGUUGAAAAAUACCGAGAAUUUCGGGUUCAACAAGUCCUAAGGGAACUUUCUAAUAGCCACUUUAGGGUUUCGACGUUUUAGUGGCCACUAUAGUAGGCGCUUGUUCGGCAAAUUAAGUGGCCUCUUUAGGGCUUUAAUCGACACCGUUACAUCACAAAAACUAUUGUAUAGUCGGUGUGCCACGACUUGGAAUUUCCCCGAACGACAUUCCGCUGUUCCGCUGCGUGCGUUCGCGACGCCUUUUUCGUAUCUAUUUCACGAAUUUAUUGUUAUUGCUCACAUCAAAGUAGAGUACCUUAAUAAAAGAAAAAAAAAUUUAUAGGCGCGACCUAGGUUCGCAAAGGCGCGCAGCGGAACAGCGGAAUGUCGUUCGGUGAAAUUUCAACACAGACUAUAGUGGUUCCUAAGACGCAAAAGGGGCUUCUACAGAGGUUAUUUUUAUAACCACUUUGGUGUCCCAUCCCUGUAGAAACCUCUUAAGUGGCCACUCAAGUAUUUCCCGAUAUACAAGGUCCGUUUUUGACGACUACAUGGUCCGCCAAAUGGACUAUAGUGUUUUCCCCACAAUCGGAUUUUUCUAAACAAGCUCAAGUUGUAGUUCUCAAUCAAGCACUUCCCUAUUUCAGCCACGAGUUCGACCCGCCAUUCAUCGUCGAAAUCCGAUGCCAUAACCAUUCGGCAACCAUUCAUGACCCUCCAACCGAGCAGGUUUGUUAUUUAUUCCAGUCAAGGCCUAUUAAAAAGGGUUCUACAUUUUAUCAUUAUUCAAAUAGAGAGGUCGAGUGUGUGUGUCCUCCCCCGCAUUUUUUGUACCACCUUUUUUUCAUUUUUUAGGCAGCGGAGGGGAUGGGGGCCCAUACCAGCGCAGAAGGUUAUCAGCUUAUUCAAUUUGUGUCGAAUAAAGUAUCCAAACUACUUUACCCCCUCCCUUUGGCACCACUUCUUAAGUUUUUUUAGGCGGGGGGCGGAAUUUCAGACUCACCACCAGACAGAGAAGUCAGCCUGUCCAACUUAUGUUGCAUAAAGCAUCCAAAGGAUUUUUUUGAAGUAUUGUAUUUUUUUCAAUUUCCCCCUUUUUGGCACCACUUCUUAAGUUUUUUUAGGCGGGAGGGGGGAUUCGAUUUGUGUCGGAUAAAGUAUACAAAUUACGUCCAAAGCCCUGCAUUUCUUCAAUUUAUCCACCUCUUCUUCAAAAACCAACCAAACUUUGAUCUGAAUCUACCAAAAAAAGAUCCUUUCUUGUCCACCGAAAAAAACCAUUCCAAGACGGAUGGAUGGGUUGGAGGAGGCGGAAAGAAUUGAACAAAUGCGCCCCGUUGGGAGAUUCGUCAUUUUUUUGUUUUUCUUCACCUAGAACACGUUCAGUUUGAAAAAUGUGUGGCGAUUCGAAUGUUGCGAUGUGUUUUUUUUCGGGGGUCCGCGGACACGCUAAGGGAUUUGGGAUGAUUGAUUGUUAGGAAAGAGGAAGCCGUUUUGGGGAAAAAACGCAUCAGAAAUCGCGCUCCAUCGAGAACUUGCUUCGAAACUAGACUUUCUUCGAAUUUUUCUGAAUAAGAGGUUUAGAACCGAGUUUCAGAUUUGAAAAAAGAGAAAACUGUACACUUUUAGGUAAUUUCAAGGGUUUAAGGAAGAUAUUUGGCUUGAUUUUAUGAUCCGCGAAGAAACUGAAGAGCAUUUUGUUUAGCUCAAACUGCGAAAAAAUGUUUACAAGAAAAUAAGAUAAGGCUUUUCGCUUGAAAACUUAGAACAGAAGUUCAAAAAGAGUCGUUAGAAAAGUUAUUCAGCUGUUGAAUUUGAUGAAAAAGCCAGCCUUCUUCAUUUUAGAUAAAAAAUUCGAAAAGAGCCGUGUAAAUCCCUCAAGAGGCCACUCAACUGUUACUCUUACUACGAUUAUCCGCCUAAACCCCUUAAGAGGCCACUCAACUGUAACUCGUUUUACAAAUCACUGCGAAAAUCCCUUAAGAGACCCCACAAUUCUUACUAUUUCUACAAAUAUACCCGAAAAUCCCUUAAGAGAUCCCUCAAAUGUUCCUCUUUCUACAAAUACUCGCCAAACCCCUUAAGAGACCCCUCGAUUGUUACUCUCUCUGAUUCGAGGCCGCCUGAUUCGAUUAGAAACAUUCUCUCGAUUUGAAUAAAUGGCCGUCUAGUGGAAAUUUGAUACGGGUCGUCGCCCAAAAAAUGUUUUGCGCCUUUUUUCUUUUCCUGGUCACGCCAAUCAAGGCCAAAGGUUACAGAUUUAGAGGGGUGAAUGGGUGUAUUUUGGUCGGAAUAAAAUUUUUUUUCAUAAUUUUUCUAGAUACUUAUUAAAGCUGCGCGGCCAAGUUUCGAGCCAAAAAAUGAGAGAGGCUCUAUUUUCAUGAAUGAACCAAAAAUUUAAAAAAAAAGAGAGUGACUGCAAAAAGGCCGCUAAAAGGGUUCCGUUUUGCGGGCUUUAUUGAGCCUUUCUCUCUUGGUGGGCUAAAAAGCCUCAAAAAAGGGUGCAAAAAGGGCGCUGAAAGUCUGCGCCAUUUAUGAUUUCCGAUUUUAUUACUGUAGCACACUUUGGUUCAUACACAGUCCUUGGUAAAGAUUAUUCUCAAUUAAAAAGUUGUUUCUCUCAAAAGGUCCAAAAAAAGGGUAUAUAAAGGCCGAUGAAAGGACGGAAAAAGGCUUUUUUUUUUAUUAAACCGCUGCCAGCCGUUUAGGAACAAUUAAAGGCAUAGGGGCAGUAAAAAACGGUGUUUCAGUUCAAAGCAGUACUUUGUAGAGAUUUUCAUUGCGAAUCGAACGGUAAACUUGGGAACGUACCGAACUUCCUAAUUUUGAAGAAAAAAUAAUUCAAAAUCGGAGAAAGGAAAGCUUGAGUUCCCGCGAAAAGGGCGCUUUGCAGUAAAGUUGCUCUAUGGACAACAGGCUUCCCCGUUUUUCGGAUUUUCGUUUUUUUCUUCGUUUCUUUCAAUUUUAAAUUUUUUCUGUUGUUACCAAAGUUCUUUCCGUCACAAAAAGCUUUCUGUUCAUGUAUAAUUUGCAAACUUUGAUCGCAAAAAUGCUUCUUUGGUGAAAAAUGAUGAUUUUACGCAGGUUUCAAUUGGGAUAGCGUUGUUUUGUGUUUUCUUUAUUAUCAUUGUGUUUUUUCUGUUUUCUUAAUCGAUUUUUCAGAAACGAAACCCUUAAUUUGAAGCAGAAAGCCGGUUAUUUCUCACAAAAUGCGAGUCUAAUGAGACGUCCGCAACAUCGCGUGCACAGCUACUGUAAUCAGUUGUCUGAGCACCGAUCCAAAGCUUUUUUCAAAAUAAAAGGCGGGAAAGUGAAAUCGCGUUUUUCUUCUAGAGUUGUCACAUCUGUAAUUUUUUUGAGUACACCGUUGGAUUCGCAAAGAAAAACUAUACAAGAUACUGCUUUCAGCUGAAACCCCAUUUUUUACUGCCCCUAUGCCUUUAAUGGACACCUUUUGAUUCAUAAUGGACGCUCAAAAUGUCCGUAAAGGGUCCUCCCGGGAUUAAAAAACUCAAAGGAAAAUUAUUUUAUAAAAAUAAAAAUCAGUUCUUCUACAUUUUCCAAACUAGUUAUUGAAGCUGUGUGGUCAAACUUUGAGCCAGAAAUUGGCCCAAAAUGGGAAAAUUUCCAAGAAAGUUUUGAGCGAAACACCAUGUUUCGACUUGAUCAACUACACGUUUAGACUUUUAUCUCAGGUAAAAGUUGGGAAGCUUCUGUUUUCGGUUCCUUGGAAGGCGUUUGGAAGCUUUCCAGCAAGCACCUUCUACUUAGAAAAAGCCUGCCGGAAGACCUUGCGGAAGAACCUUGCAGAAAAAUAGAGAAAACCUUGCAGAAGCUUUCUAGAAGGCUUCUGCAAGGUUUUCUCUAUUUUAACCUUCCGAAUACCUUCCAAAGGUUUUCUUAAGACCUUCUAGCUUUCAUACACCUUCCAACCUCCUGCUGGUUACCUUCCUAACACCGUCCCAGGACUCGCCUAAGUAGUUUGCCAAAGGCGAUUUCUUAACAUUAAUUCGAAAAAAUUGCGGAAAAAGUCUACAAAAAUGCUUUGGAUCCAUUAUUUUCAGACCAUUCUCAGAAAAAAAAAGUUUCAGACCUGUGUCCGGGGGAUGCUGCGGUGUGUGCAGCAGUACGGCGAGGUGCACGUGUCCCGUCGCGGCGUCGGGACCAUGCAUUGGCAUCCGCACACCCUGCACGACGUCCCGCUGUCCUGCAACUGCAUGUGGCCCGUCGACAAGUACGGCCAUCAGGAGCUCUGA